AUGGGUUUCGAUUAUUACGGCAUACUGGGAUUGAAACGAUCUUGCAAACAGAGCGAAGUGAAGAAAGCGUAUAGACGACUCGCUUUAAAAUAUAACCCGGAAAGAUAUGACAAUGAUGAGAACAUGAAACGGAUAUUCGCUCUCAUAGGAGAGGCUUAUGAGGUACUUGUGGAUCAUAAACAUAGAGCAGUGUACGAUCAGUACGGAGAGGAAGGUUUGAAGAAAGGUGUUCCCGGACCAGAAGACUACAUACAUCCAUACACAUACCACGGAGAUCCAGUAAGGACAUACCAUGAAUUCUUCGGCAGUAGCAACCCAUACGCCGACCUAUUAGACUAUUACGAAAACCCACCACCUAUGUUCGAAUCACCAUUAGGAAAAGGAUAUAAAGAAAAAGAUCAAACUAUCGUACGACCGUUAGCAUUAACCCUGGAAGAAGUAUUCAAAGGAGGACUUAAAAAAAUGAAGAUACAACGCUUAGUAUUCACUGAUGAAACCUGCUCUGAGUUAAGACUUAGAGAAAAAGUUCUAUCAAUACCGAUCAAGCCGGGGAUAUACCCUGGCACGGAAAUCAAGUUCAAGGAAGAAGGAGAUCAAGGACCGACCAGAAUUCCCGCUGACGUGAUAUUUAUAACAGAAGAUAGACCUCACGAGAACUUUAUAAGAAGCGGGUUAAGUGACUUAAUGAUGUCUAGAACGAUAACAUUGAAGGAAGCUUUAUGUGGGAUUAUGAUAAUAGUGAACACGCUGGACGAACGAGUAUUAAGAAUCAAAAUAACUGAUGUCAUUGACCCUACGUAUGAGAAGGUGAUCGAAGAUGAAGGUCUACCUAUACCGGCCUGCCCGAACAAGGUCAAAGGCAACCUCAAGAUACGCUUCCAAAUAACAUUCCCUAUAUAUCUAUCUAAACGAAGCAAAGAAGCCUUCGAAGAAGCUUUUAGAACAGCUGAUGAAGAAGACAGGAAGUUCGAUAAACUCAAAUGCGGUACACUCUCUACGCCCUCCAUUUACAAAUAG